AUGGAAUAAUAAUUGCAAAUUCUCUUUUAACGUUUAGAAGAAUUCAAAUAAGAUCAGAAUGAAUAUUGGGAAGAAGUCAAGUAAUUGUCAGAUGAAACAGAGGAGAAUCAAUUACCUGUGAUAUUGGAGAAUGAAGAGGAUUGUAACUCAUCAGAGAUACUAACAAUUCUCAAUCAAAUAAUGACAUUAGUUAAUCAUUUGAGAGAAGGAGAAAUCAAAAUUAUCGAAAGGUAUAAGCAUGAAUUAAAGCAGUUAGCACUUGAAUUAAAGGAUACUCAAUAAUACAAUAAGGAAAUGAGAUCUAUAAAUAUCUAAACUGAUUAUGAUCAUUAUGAGAAGAUGUAUUUUUAAGAGAGACAACGUUAUGCAUAAUUAGAGAAGAAGUUUGAAGGUCUUAAGAAACUAGACGAGUCAUCCUUUAAGUAGGAUGUUAUGAUAGAAUUGGCCACUCUAAAAAAUAAAAUACAAAUUUUGACUGAAGCAUCCACAGAAGCUGAAACACUCUUGAUAAAGAAGGAUUAAUAGGUUAAGGAAUAUCAAAAGUAAUUACAGAAAUGCCAGAAAGAAUUGACAUAAAAAAGGGGUGAAUUAUCUAGUCUUAAUGAUUAACUGAAAAGUAAAGAUAUCAAUUUACAGAUGUCUCAAAAUAUGAAUAGGACAUACGAAACAGAAUUAUAAAAGCUUAAUAGAAAAAACAGUGGGUCUUAAAAAAGACCGACCAAAUGUUAUGAAACAUUAACUCUUGAGAUCCAAGAAUUAACUCAUAGCAAUUCUAUACUUAAAUAGUAAUUAUUGUAAACUCAGAAGAGAUUAAAAGAUCUGACUGCAGAAUUGUAAACCAAGGAUUAACAAUUAGUUGAAGUACUUAAUCAAAUAGAUGAAAUCAAAUUACAUAUGCAAUAAAACAACAACAAGGAGGAUGAAUUAAAAGAGGCCAUGGAGUAUCUAGAAUUGAAGGAUUUAGAAAUUGAUAGAUUACAUAGAGAACUAGAUAAUUACAAAAGGAAUGUGAAAGACAAUCCAUAAAUAAGAGACCUUUAAAAUCUCUUAUUAGUAAUGUCAAGAAAUUUAUAAGAGAAAGAAUAAUAACUAUUAAGAUAUUAAUAAUACAAUUGA